AUGGAACUCAAAGACUACAGACCAAUUAGCCUCAUUGGAAGUAUCUAUAAAAUUGUAGCAAAAAUUCUAGCAGAAAGGCUCAAGUCAGUGAUGGAGAAGCUAGUAUCAAAUCAACAAAAUGCAUUCAUAAAGAAUAGGCAAAUCACUGAUGCCUCUUUGAUUGCUAAUGAAGUCAUGGACUGGCAACUAAAGAGGGGAGGAUCGGGCAUUCUAUGUAAGUUGGACAUAGAGAAAGCCUUUGAUCAAUUAAAUUGGGUUUAUCUUAUCUCAAUACUCAGACAGAUGGGGUUUGGCAGCAUGUGGAUCAAAUUUAAUACCUCCACGGUCAAGUAUUCGGUCCUAGUCAACAGAAGUCCAGUUGGUUUCUUCUCACCACAAAGAGGUUUGAGGCAGGGAGAUCCCCUUUCGGCCAAACGACUACAAUGGAUAAGAGGAUUUGAUGUGGGAGUUCAGAGCAAUAUCAACAUCUCUCAUUUGCUAUAUGCUGAUGACACUCUGAUUUUCUAUGGUGCAGAUAGAGAUCAGGUGCUUCAUCUAAAUCUAACUCUUCUUCUUUUUGAAGCACUUUCAGGUUUACAUAUCAAUAUGCUCAAGAGUGUGAUCUAUCCUGUCAAUGAAGUUCAUAAUUUGGAGGAGCUAGCAGGAAUUCUGGGUUGUAAUAUUGGCACACUUCCUACCACAUACCUGGGCCUACCAUUGAGAGCAAAGCACAACUCUUCAACAAUAUGGAAGAGGGUCAAUGAGAAAUUUGAGAGAAGAUUAGCCUCGUGCAAAGUGUUAAAUCAGUUGGACAGGAUAAGGAAAAAUUUCCUUUGGGAAGGGAAUAGCAUAGUUUCACUUGGUGAAGUGGAAAAAGGUCAUUCUCCCAAAAUACCAAGGAGGAUUGGGAAUCAAGGACCUGGCAAUUCACAACAAAUGCCUACUGAUGAAGUGGCUUUGGAGGUAAGGCUGUAUUGUGGUCCGGGCCCAGCUCAGGACCGGCCUAGGCCCGCAGCCCAUAUGGGCUUUGGGCUAAACGGAUGGGGAGGAGCAAGUGAUGGUAGGUAUUCUGUGAAGGCAGGGUACAGGCUAAUAAUGGCUAGAAAUGGAAUUACUGAUCUUUGGCCAUGGAAAUUAAUAUGGAGAACCAGACUACUACCCAAGGUCAUCUGCUUCAGCUGGACUGCACUUUAUGAGGCAUGUUUGACUCAGGAGAACCUUGUUAAAAGGAACUUCCACUGGGUUAUGCCUCACAACAUGAAGGAGGCAUUUCAGAGCUGGGGCAGCUGGAAAGUUGAUAAGAUCAUCAAGAAUAUUUGGAAAAUGAUACCUGCUUACACAGGGGAGACGGCGAAGGCAGCAGAGUCACGGCGGUUAAGGUUCGCCGGUGACGGCGACGGCGACGGCGAUGGUGACGGCGGAGUUUGGCGGAGGGGCAGCAAAGGAGGAUUUUGGUUUAUUGACGGGGAGAGAAGGAUUUUUUAA